AAGCUGGGAUUGGGUAAAAGUGAGCAUCGAAAAGGAGCAGAUCGACAAGGCUGCAUUGCCCGCACGCCCACCCUCAAAGAAACAGUCAGAGAGAAAUAACAAAAAAAACAUGGGCUUAUGCGGGCUCGGGGGUGGUUGGGUCUUUCAGAAGUGUGAAUUCCAUUUUUUUGUUUAUUUUUCAGCGUCACAAUCGCCAGAAUGCGCGGCGCUCUGCAGAUUAAGCUGCAUCGAUUAUAUUUUUUUGCGAUUGCAGGUAGCGAAAGAAACCAAGCUAGGCAGAAUCGGGCUUGAAACACCAAACAGCAAACAAACAAUACAAAAAACAGUCCACACAAACGUUAUUAUUGCUGCUGCUGGCCUCAAUGUUGAUUGCGCGUGGGUGGUGUGUCCUUUCUGUCUUUUUUAUUCAAGUAUCUUUUCGUUCGUUCCUGUACGGCUCUUCUUAUACUUCUUUUUCCAGUGGCUACCAAACAUAAGAGAAAAAAGGCUUGGCUUUGUCUAUCGGCGCCUCUAUACCAUAUACACACCCAAUUUUGGUCUCUUUAUUUAUCGCUCGUUCACUUUUAUUUUCGCUUUCACUUUUAUUUUCACUUUUUCGUACUAUUAUAUUAUUUUUAUUCACCGUCUUUCCCAUCCCCCUUGUUAUCCUAUCCUUGUGGUCACAACGAAGACGGUACUUUAUUUUUUCAUACUUUAUAUAUAUAUAUUUUGUAAUUUCAAAUGGUAGGCGUAAUCUCGCGUGCCACUCGCAGCGUGGCGCGCAAUCCCAUCGAGACAAUUGCCUUCUGCACCAUUCUUGUGCUGUGCGGGUGCUAUUUCCUUUGGCAGACAAUAAAGCACGACGAGUUAUUCAGCGGCAAGCAAGACCUGUUCCCCAGCCACACAAUGAGCUAUACGCGCCACGACAGCGCAAAGUUCAACGUGGCCAUGGCCAGGCGUCCUCGGCAGCGUCCAGCCUGGCA